AUUUUAUUUUUUUAUUUUAAAGUACACAUCUUAUGAUUAGUGCUUUUUUUAUAUAUAAUCAAAAAGGAGAAGUACUUAUUUCUCGGUUAUAUCGACAUGACUUGAGACGUUCAGUGGCCGAUAUAUUCCGUAUUCAAGUCAUCUCCAAUACAGAUGUACGAUCACCUAUUGUUACUCUUGGUUCAACUUCUUUUUUCCAUGUACGUCAUGAAAAUCUAUAUAUUGUUGCUGUUACAAAAUGGAAUGCCAAUGCUGCUUUAGUAUUUGAAUUUUGUUACCGUGUGUUAAAUAUUGGACGAAGUUAUUUUGGCAAAUUUGAUGAAGAAGCAGUCAAGAAUAACUUUGUAUUAAUCUAUGAACUUUUGGAUGAAAUUCUUGAUUUUGGAUAUCCUCAAAAUAGUGAAACAGAUACUCUCAAGAUGUAUAUUACCACCGAAGGUGUUAAAUCUGAACGAGCCGAGGAUUCUAGUCGAAUCACUAUUCAAGCUACGGGUGCGAUAUCUUGGAGACGAAAUGAUAUCAAGUACAGGAAAAAUGAAGCCUUUAUUGAUGUGAUUGAAAGUGUGAAUUUAUUGAUGAGCAAUACUGGAACUCUACUUCGAGCUGAUGUUGCUGGUCAAAUCUUGAUGCGUGCCUAUUUAUCUGGUACACCUGAAUGUAAAUUUGGAUUGAAUGACAAAUUAUUAUUGGAUAAGGAUGCCGUGAAUAGGACACCUGCUCGUAAGACACAUGCUGUUGAAAUCGAUGAUUGUCAAUUCCAUCAAUGUGUUAAACUUGGUCGUUUCGAUACCGAUCGAACCAUUAGUUUUAUCCCUCCUGAUGGUGAAUUUGAAUUAAUGCGUUAUCGUACUACUGAAAAUGUCAAUCUGCCUUUCCGGGUCCAUCCUGUUGUCAAUGAGAUUGGUAAAACCCGUGUGGAAUAUAAAAUCAAUGUCAGAGCCAAUUUCUCUCCCAAAUUGUAUGCUAAUAACGUGGUUUUACGAAUUCCUACUCCACUCAAUGCUGCCAAGGUUGAAGUCAAGGUUGGAUCUGGUGGCAAAGCUAAAUAUGUUCCAUCUGAAAAUUGUAUUAUUUGGAAAAUUCCUCGUUUUCAAGGUCAAGCUGAAUAUUCUCUCAGUGGUGAAGCUCAAUUAAGUUCUACUACUCACAAAAAAGUAUGGUCAAGGCCUCCCAUUUCUAUGGAUUUCCAGGUAUUGAUGUUUACUUCUUCUGGUUUACUGGUACGAUUCCUAAAAGUGUUUGAAAAGAGUGGUUAUCAAUCUGUUAAAUGGGUACGAUACAUGACCAAGGCUGGAUCUUAUCAAAUUAGGUUCUAAACAAAACAAACAAAUAUUUCCCCUCCCUUCCCUAUUCUUUCCUUAUUGUCAUACCCCCCUUUCCUUCACUUAUUGAUUUUAAACGAUAGACACUCUUUAUUUGAUUCUUUCAUACAAAAUAAUAAAGAUAUACGAUUUUUUUUUUUA